UUGGCCAGCGGGGCGGGCGUGCAUUGUGGACUCUGUUCCAUGGAUUAGCUAAACCCGCUUUAAACCCUAAAACUUCAUAGUCGAUUGAAAAUUCUUUAAAAAUUUCGUUAGCAUAAAGCAUGAACAAACGACUCCUUCGGUGUCUUCUUUCUCAGUCAAUUUCUCCUCUAUCAUCAAAACCUAAUUUAACUUGCGACUCAUCAUCGGCAUUCCCUUGUACAAUCAACAUCUCGCAACACAAUCGCAAAGUUUCCCGCCAAUACAUCAUCACUGUAAUCUCCAGAUUCUUGUCCACCUCGCUUGGGAGCGAGCGUCAAGGAUUAGUCGGACCAAAUGAUCCAUAUUUGCAGGAUAACACGCGUAUAGGGUCAUUUUCGGCUGAAGAAUUUGUGAUUUUACACGAUUCUUUGUUGGAUUCCGGUGCCGGUAGUAGUUCUACAGUGCCCGAAGCUGAGAGCAGUAAGUCUUCGAACGAUGCUGUUUCGAUUGCUAAUGUAAUUUUGACAGAAGAUGAUGUGUUUGGGAAUAAAACCCAGAAGUUUCUCCGGCAAUUUAGAGAGAAUUUGACUGAAAAGUUGGUUGUCGAAGUCUUGAGCUUCUUAAGAAGGCCCGAUUUGGCGGUCAAGUUUUUCAUAUGGGCAGGUAGGCAGAUUGGAUAUUGUCACACCGGACCUGUUUAUAAUGCACUGUUAGAAAUACUUGAACGCGAUGAUAAGGAUAGAUUACCGGAACAUUUUUUGCAGGAAAUUAGAACUGAUGACAAGGAGGUGCUUGGGAAAUUGCUUAAUGGUCUGAUUCGGAAAUGUUGCCGAAAUGGGCUAUGGAAUGUCGCUUUGGAGGAGCUAGGGAGGCUCAAGGACUUUGGGUACAAACCUUCACGAUCAACAUACAAUGCAUUGAUACAAGUAUUUGUAAAAGCUGAUCGGUUGGACACAGCAUAUUUAGUUCAUAGGGAGAUGUCAGAUGCAGGAUUUAGUAUGGACGGGUUCACCCUAGGAUGUUUUGUGCAUUGCCUUUGUAAGGCAGGGAGGUGGAGGGAAGCCCUAACGUUGAUUGAAAAGGAAGAAUUUGUACCUGAUACUGUAAUUUAUACAAAGAUGAUAUUUGGGUUGUGUGAAGCUUCACUUUUUAAAGAAGCUAUGGAUUUUUUGGACAGAAUGCGAGCUAGUUCUUGCCUCCCUAAUGUUGUUACUUAUAGGAUUUUGCUUAUUGGGCAUCUAAGGAAAAGACAGCUCGGUAGCUGUAAGAGAAUUCUUAGUACAAUGAUUAUGGAAGGUUGUUAUCCUAGUCCUAAGAUUUUUAAUUCUCUCGUACAUGCUUAUUGCAGAUCUGGGGAUUACCAUUUUGCAUAUAAAUUGUUGAAGAAAAUGGUCAAUUGUGGGUGCCAGCCAGGUUAUGUGGUUUAUAAUAUAUUAAUUGGUGGUAUUUGCGGCAAUGAGGAGUUACCAGGUUUGGAUAUAUUAGACUCUCGUAAGUGGUUUGAUGAAAUGAUAAAUGUUGGUUGUGCCCCUAAUGUGGUUACUUACACUGCUCUUAUACAUGCUUACCUGAAAGCCAGAAAUUUCUGUAGUGCAAAUGAACUUUUUGAAAUGAUGCUAUCUGAAGGCUGUAUUCCUAAUGUUGUCACAUAUACAGCAUUAAUUGAUGGUUAUUGUAAAGCAGGACAAAUUGAAAAAGCUUGCAAGAUUUAUGCUAGAAUGCGUGCUAGCCCGGAAAUUCCAGACGUAGGUAUGUUCUUUAGGUUUUGUAAUAGUGAUGCAGAAGAGCCAAAUGUAUUUACAUACGGAGCUUUGGUAGAUGGUUUAUGUAAGGUUCACAAGGUCAAAGAGGCUCAUGAGUUAUUGGAUGCUAUGUUUGUGGAAGGUUGUGAACCAAAUCAUAUUGUAUAUGAUGCUCUUAUAGAUGGAUUUUGUAAAGUUGGGAAACUAGAUGAAGCACAAGAGGUGUUUGCCAAAAUGUCCCAGCAUGGUUACAGUCCAGACAUUUAUACUUACAGCUCUUUAAUUGACAGAUUGUUCAAAGAUAAGCGUCUUGAUCUUGCCUUAAAAGUCUUAUCCAAAAUGCUUGAAAAUUCUUGUGCACCUAAUGUUGUUAUUUAUACAGAAAUGAUUGAUGGCUUAUGUAAGGUAGGUAAAACAGAUGAAGCCUAUAAGCUGAUGCUGAUGAUGGAAGAAAAAGGAUGUUGUCCAAAUGUUGUGACGUAUACUGCAAUGAUAGAUGGUUUUGGAAAAGUAGGUAAAAUGGACAAAUGUCUUGAACUGUUACAACAAAUGGGUUUAAAAGGUUGCUCGCCAAAUUUUAUUACCUACAGGGUUUUAAUAAACCAUUGUUGUGUCAAUGGACUCUUGGAUGAGGCUUAUGAACUUUUAGAAGAAAUGAAACAAACAUAUUGGCCUAAGUACAUGGCAGGCUAUUGUAAAGUAAUUGAAGGUUUUAACAAAGAGUUCAUUGCAUCCCUUGGACUCUUAGAUGAGAUAAGUACAAAUGAUUCUGCACCAAUUAUUCCAGUUUACAGAAUUCUAAUAGAUAAUUUUAUUAGAGCUGGAAGACUGGAGGUGGCUUUGGAACUAUAUGAAGAGGUUGCAUCAUUUUCACCCUUUUUAGCUGCCUAUACUAACAUUUAUAAUUCUUUGAUUGAGGCCCUCUUCUUGGCUGGUAAGGUCGAUAAGGCCUUUCAGUUGUUUUCGGAUAUGAUAAACAGAGGUGGCAAUCCAGAUUUGCACAUAUUCUUUCAUCUUAUUAAAGGGCUUGUGAAAAUAAGCAAGUGGGAUGAAGCACUCCUACUGUUAGACAGUGUAUGUCAGAUGGAUAUCCAUUUGUUCCAAGAGGAAAAGACAUCUCACAUGCUUUAGGCUUACCUGAAAACUUGACGUUUUCAAUAUUGAUUUUGAUCUGAUGCCUUAACCGUGCAUAACAAUGAAUAUGCUCAGAGAUUGACUCUACAAGUAAAAGAAUUGACUUUGCUUCUAAAGCCUGAGAAACAAUGUUUGCUUAGGCAAUGAAGCAAGCUUUAAAGAACGUCAAACAUUGUAGAUUUGUCAAGCUCAGCUAGCCUUCUUUCUGGAGAUUCUUCCAAAAUUGUCUCGAUUGUGGGAUACUAUUCAUUAGCCAUACAACAGUUAGCUGGUUAGCGAUGCAAAGUGCGGAUUCGAAUUGGGACAUAUUCAGAUCGGUGGAAAA